CCCGCCCUCGCCCCCUCGACACGUUAGACACUUCUCUCGACUUAGACGGUGUUCUUUACGAUGGAUUCACAAUCCUCUCAAGGCUACUACCAAGGCUAUCAGGGCUACUCCGGCUACCAAGGCUAUCAGGCAGCGUCGUCGUCCUCCCAGUCCGAUGUCAACCCAUACCACCAGCCUUACCAAGGGCCGAUGUAUCCUAUUCCUGGUGCCUCCAGCUCGGCCCAUCAUGCACCUGUUCCUGCCAACGCCUACGAAUACGAUGUCGGUAUUCUUGCACAGCAAAGUGUUUACGUUCCCGGCGCCAUGAUCGACAAACGCGGGGGAGCAGGAGGCAAGCUGGCGAAGGGCGGGAAGCGCACAACUGUGCUGCGCAAGGGGGCAGGCAAGGUUUGGGAGGAUCAAACAUUGCUGGAGUGGAAUCCUUCUUGGUUCCGUCUGUUCGUCGGAGACUUGAGCAAUGAUGUAUCUGAUGACGUGCUAGCGAAUGCCUUUAACAAGUACACGUCUUUUCAGAAGGCGAGAGUCAUCAGAGAUCGUCUCAGCGGAAAGGCCAAAUACGGCUUUGUAGCCUUCUCCGACCCUGAAGACUUCCUGAAAGCUUGGAAAGAAAUGGACGGCAAGUACGUCGGUAACAGACCUAUCAAGCUGAAGAAAGCGGAUAACUCCCUCAACCCUGUAGAAAUUGGCCACCGGAAGGCCAAGCAGCUGGAGAAAGAGCUGAAGAAGAGCAGGCACAAGCCCUACUAGACUGCCUGUUCUCGCUUUGUUCGUUCGACUCUUGAAGGAGUACGUUGUUUCAUCAUGCGAUGCCGUGCAGGCUCACAGUUAUUUUUACCUAUAUGCAACAUGCACAUAACAUAACAUGUAUCUUAUUUUGCACCU